ACCCCGGUGCCGCGCUGCAUUCUGGGAUUUGAAGUCUCUGUGAAGUGGCUGUUGUAUUGUCUCUCAUUUCUAUUAAACGCGUAUUUAACCACAAUAGCUUUUUUAAACAGGGUCACACCUUGGUCUCAACAAGCUGUUUUUUGUUAUUUUUUGUGUAGUUCUGUCUAAGAUUGAGGCGGGCAAAAUUGACAGACACGCCCAUGUACCGAUCGCCCCUCCCCUUGGCAACGCGCUUAGUAACGGAAUGGAAGAGUUAACAUCACAGCCCGGAGACACCAGAGCAGCAGGUUCCGAACAGGGCAUGUGAGUAGCCACAAGUUGUCAGCAAAACAACCAUCGCUGUUCUCAUGAGUUCUCCUAGAUUUCACCAAACUCCGGCGCUGCCACCAAUCACCCGAGGCAGAGAUAAGCAGUUCCUAGGCAGCCUGCAGGCACACAUUGACCAUGCAAAGGAGCAAUUGCAAGUGGCAGGGCAGUGUGAUGUUGAGCAGCAGUGCAUCAUCUAUGGACGCGCAUUUGACAAGGUGAUUGAUUAUUGUACCGAUUAUAAGGGUUUGCUCGCUGCAAUCAAACGUGAAUAUGAUGAGUUCAUUGAUGUGCUGAAGCAGAGUCAAAGAGAUGCUGUUCAUCUUCAAGGGAAGCUGAGGGCCUUGGCAUCCCAGCCAACCACUCUAAUGUAUCAUAGGAAACGAGCAACGGAGCUUGCCAAGAAGUUAGAACUAAUUCAGAGAGAUUCACAGAGAGUUGAAAAUCAGUUAGAGAAACUUCAACAUGAUCAGAAAUUGAAGACCCCAGAAUUAGAGGAGACAAAAUCUCUGCAAAAUAAUAUAAAGCCUUCCAGUCUUAUUCCAGGUAUGACGGUUGAAGACUCUGUCAGUAUGGAAAAGCUCACACAAUAUCAGCAACAACUAGAACAGAAAAGGGACAAUCUGAAGGCUGAUAUGAAAAAUAAAUAUGUCUCCAUUCAGGAAAAGAUAGAGUUGGAGCAUAAACUGAGUUCUGCUUUACAAGACAGAGAAGAAGCAGAGUUAUUAAAUAAUAAAUUGAUGGUCAGUUACAGACAAAGAAAGCUUGUCAUGGACGCCAUCUUGGUUUGGACACAAUCCAACAAAUGUGUGUCUCUUUAUGAUGCCAUUUCACAGGCCAUAGCAAACGAGAAGGAAUUACAAGAUGAUGUUUUUGCAGCAGAAGUAUUCCAUGAUCUUGAUCCUAGUAAAGUCUCUGAAGGGCAAGAUUUGCUGGAAUAUAUCGAAAGGUUUAAUGAAUUGUUCCUAAGCAGACAGUAUAAUGCUGCUGCAAUCCAUGCUGCAAACAGUCCUAGAGGGAUUCUUCGUAAUAUGGAAACUAUGGAGAAAUUCAAAGCUGCUGUAGUCAGUGAUGAGGAGACGUCUCCCGUGUUAUUAUAUUUUGAGGCUUUAAUCAGCUCCAGCCACGUAGCAAAGCAUCCUGUAAGUGCCGAGCUUACUCUGGAAGCAACCAAGUGCGCUUUAGCUUGUGGCAAAUUGGACCUGGUGCUUCACUGGGUCUCACAGCAAAGGAUAACGUAUUCAGAGGCCCUGGGGGAUGUUAUUUAUGAUUACGGAGAGAGAGAUCCAUACCACAAGUCCAUCUGCCUAGCACUGGCUCAGCUAAUCUACAGAAAGUGCACAAACAGCAGGAAGGCCGCUCUGUGUAUGUGCUUGCAAGGCCUGGUGCAGGGGGCGUUGGAGUACACCUCUCAUUGCAGACAUUUCUCAUUGGAGGACUAUGGUUUUUUGCUUAGAAUGUGCCCUAGUGCUGAGCUCAUCCAUGGCCUGACCAAGGAGAGGAAUGGCAAACCAGCAGCCUUAUCUGUUGGACAGGCCACCCUUUCUCUUAUCUCUACACAUCACAAGGACUAUGGAUUUCAGCUUCUAGAAAGUAUACUUAACUGUGGUGAAGGUGCUUUGGAGCAGGCAGUUCUUAAUGAUGUGGUUUGUACGCCAGAAGGGUGGGUAGAAAUAGCUGAUGAAUGUUUAAGGAACAAUUAUGUGCAGUUGUCUGAGAAGAUCCUGUCCAUCGUAAGAGCACAGGACGGGAUAGUGGAGUUUACUGCUGAUGAAGAAGAUGCAAAGAUAAUGGAGCAUGUAUUCAUGUAAUUCCCACAGAGUGGCAGCAGGGGGAGCCCAUAUACCACAGUGGCUUACCUGAUUAGUAAAUACUUUCAGUUCCUUUAUUUCAGCAUAGGCCCAUGACACACUGAGGAGUUUUAGGCAUUUCCUUUUAGGCAUUAUUUUAAGCACAGAAACCAUGUGGUGUUCAGGGCCUCCAAAAUCAACCCCCACUGAUGUUUUAUUUCGUUUUUAGUUGGGGGUGAGGCACCUGAUUCCCAUUGCCAGCAAUGAUGGCAGCAACUGGAGGAAAACAGCCAUUUUACACCACAUGGAGUAAAUACUGCAGGCAAAAUGUCUGGCAGGGCUGCAUGUGCCAUGCUCAUUAGAGAAACUCAAGACAUUUGGAUUUACUCACUUGAAACAGAAUAUUACAGUGGUCUGAAACGUUAUCAGAGAACAUCUAUGCAGGAUAAAAGAGAGAGAGCUCUCUAAUUAAGGCCCAUGGCAUGUGAAGCAGACCCAGUGGCUGUUAUUGAGCCUUGGCCAGGACUAGUAGAGGUCAUGACUGAAGAGCAGUUGUGUGUACAAAACAGUUAUUAUCCAACGGCACUCAUCUACAAAAUCACUGGUGACCUUUAUGAAAUUACCUCCCCCAUUCCUGCAGAGUCUGCCCCCUUUAUAGUUACUCUACUGGUAAGAUGCACUCAAAUCAGGGAGCAUUGACUCCCUAUGGGGGUGUCCCCAAAUGAUUAUAACCUUUACUUCUCCUUUAAAUAAAACCUUGACAUGUCGGUCUGUUAGGAUUUAAACUAAAAAUGCUUAUUAUUCAUUGGACAUAAUAUAUUAGUUACAUAUAAAUAUUUUCUUCAAAGAUGACAUUCUGGCUUUACUGCUGUCUGUUUGCUGCCAGUUCUUCUGUUUGUAGCAAUGUCUAAUCUCUUGCCCAGUCUGUUGUGCCCCAUAAAGUUGUCUUUGAAAAUGCA